AUGGCACCAAUCCCAGAACCUAUAACUCUCCCUCCAAACUUCACACCCGAAAAGUUCCAAGAGUUUAUUGUUCGCGCCCAAGAGAUCUGCGGCACCGAAAAUGUCCGCGUGAUCCCCAAAGACAAGCCCCUUGAGGGCGACUCGUACCUGAACCAGCCCAAGUCACACGACCACUUCCCCCUCUACGAAAAGACAAAAUUCGUCGCCUCGGCCGUCGUCACCCCGCGCCAUGUCCCGGACGUCCAGGCCCUCGUCGGCCUGUGCAACGACCUCGUCAUGCCCGUCUGGCCCAUCUCCCUCGGGCGCAACUUCGGCUACGGCGGCGCCUCCCCCCGCGUCCCGGGCUCCGUGGUCAUGGACCUGGGCCACCACAUGAACCGCAUCCUGGAGGUCAACGUGGAGGGCGCCUAUGUUCUGCUGGAGCCUGGUGUUAACUUUAGGGACCUGCAUGAGUACCUGGAGAAGCACAACCUGCGCGAGCACCUGUGGCUCUCUGUGCCUGUCGGCCAGGGCUCCGUGCUCGGCAAUGCCGUCGAGAGAGGCGUCGGCGCAACACCGUAUGGCGAUCAUUGGGGUAUGCACUGCGGCAUGGAGGUCGUGCUGCCGAAUGGGAAGCUGGUGCGCACGGGGAUGGGCGGUGUGCCGAACCCCAAUGCCGACAAAAAUCUCCGCCCCGACGAGCAGCCUGGCUGCGAGACGUGGCAGCUGUUCAACACCGGCUACGGCCCGUACAACGAUGGCCUCUUCUCCCAGAGCAACCUCGGCAUCGUAACCAAGAUCGGGAUGUGGCUGAUGCCCAACCCCGGCGGGUACCAGCCCUACGAGAUCACCUUUGAGAACGACUCGGACUUGCCCAAGGUGGUCGACAUAAUCCGGCCGCUCCGUCUUCAGAUGGUCCUCCAGAACGUCCCGUUUCUCCGGCACACUCUGUUGAAUGCCGCGCACUGCGGGCCCAAGACGAAAUACACCGACAAGGAGGGCCCACUGUCCGAAGACGAAGUCAAUGCCAUUGCGAAGAAGCUCGACUUCGGACGGUGGCAGCUGAUUGGUGCUGUCUACGGGCCCAAACCCGUCCGCGAUGUCCUGCUGGGCGUCAUCAAGCACGAGUUCCUCGCAAUACCGGGGUCGCGGUUCUUCCUUCCUGAGGACCGCGCCCGGGAGAGCCCGCUGCGUGCCCGUGAGUUGUUGAUGCAGGGUAUUCCGACCGUGGAGGAGUUGAGAUGUCUGAACUGGCUUCCCAACGGCGGUCAGCUCCUGUGGGCCCCCAUCUCCAAGGUCUCGGGCGAAGACGCCAAGAAGCAGCACGAUGUAGCCAAGAAUCUCAUCACAAAGUAUGGGUUCGACUACCUCGGUGCAUUCGCCGUCGGCAUGCGAGAACUUCACCACGUUAUCGGCAUCCCGUACCGUCUCGACGUGCCUGACGAUGUUACGCGCAUCCGCAAGCUGGCCCACGAGCUGAUUAAGGAGACCACAGCACACGGCUGGGGCCAGUUCCGCGCGCACACUGCCCUCAUGGACCCCGUCGCCGACGCCUUCAACUGGAACGACAACGCGCAAUUGCAGCUCAACGAGGCGAUCAAGAACGCCCUCGACCCCAACGGCAUCAUCGCGCCUGGCAAGAACGGAGUGUGGCCCGCGAGCUACGACAAGAAGAAGUGGGUGUUAGACGGUAACUAA